CGUUGUUCGCGUUGCGAGUGCGGAUCGUCAGCGGAUUGGAUGUGAAAAGUGAAUCUUGCAGUCGAUAAAAAAUUACAAAAACAAAAAAAAGACACCUUGGAAACUUCUUUCAAAAUUCAAAACCUAAAAUGCUGUUCCUGACCGCUCGAGUCGACCACACGGCUGAGCAGAUCUUUAAAAUCAAGCAACUCAGGCAGCUUGUGGAGAGGUGCGAGGACCUGCAGGUGGGCACGGAGGACACGCUGCUGACCAAGUUCCUGCACUAUACGCACUGGGACACGAUCAAGGCCUACCAGGCCAUCCACGCCUACUAUGACUUCAAGAGGCGCCAUCCCACCUGGGUGGCCCGUCAUCCCAUCGAGCACUACCGCCAGCUCUUCUUCGGCACCCACUGCCGCUACGUAAUGCCCCAGGUGGACCGACAUGGACGUGUGUUGGUGGUCUUCAAGACGGUGGACGGGUUCCAGGACUACCCGGACUAUCUGCAGAGCCUCGUCGAAAUGGACGACCUGAUCUUCGAGUCACUCCUGUUGCUGCCACGAGUCCAGGAGAACGGCAUCACGGUCAUCUGCGAUCUCCAAGGGACAACGCGUAAUUUUUUGCGGCAAUUUUCGCCAGCCUUUAUGAAGGUGGUGAAUGAGAAGAACGGAGUCCUGCCUUUCAGUCAGCGAGUCGUACACAUAAUCCAACGGGGCUUCCUUAUGCACGUGACUUCCACACUUUUUAUGCCUUUUAUGAACAAGGAAUUCAAAGAAAGAAUCUUUACCCACGAUGGCCGGCAUCUCAGCAAACUGCGGGAAAUGGUUGGCUACGAAAGUCUGCCGGCGGAUUAUGGUGGUCCCGCCGCGAAUGUCCUGGACACGAAUUUGAUUUUCAAUCACUUGAGUCAAAACGCGGAGUAUCUGGAAAAGCUGCAGACUUAUGGGAAGCUAUAGGGAAACAGUAUGAAAUAUUGUUAGCUGCUUAACCAAAUAUAUAA